AUGGACUCCUUAGGUUUCAUUGUUAUUUUUGUAGCGAUUGUCUCAUUCUUCUUCAUCCACACAUGGCUGUCCAAUAGAAAUAACCCCGUAAUUGAUUGGCCUUUCUUUGGUAUGCUACCAGCACUUUUAUGUCAUCUCUCCAAUAUCCAUGAUUAUGCAACCACUGUUUUGAAGCAUUAUGAAGGUACUUUCAUGUUCAAAGGUCCCUGGCUCACAAACCUUGACUUUCUCAUCACCAUUGACCCUAUGAAUGUGCACCACAUUACUAGCAAGAACUUUGACAACUACAUUAAAGGGCCUAAGUUCUAUGAGAUUUUUGAAAUCAUGGGAGAUGGCAUCUUUAACAUCGAUUCCGACAAAUGGAAGCGCAACAGGGACACACUACACUCGUUGUUCAAAGCAAACUCGUUUGAGAGUUCGUUUGUGAAAACGAUUCAUAAGAAGCUCGAGAGUUGCCUAGUUCCACUUCUCAAUAAUGCAUCGGAACUUGGAACCGUUGUGGACUUGCAAGACAUUUUUCAGAGAUUCACCUUUGACAACAUCUGCUCCAUAGUGCUGGGCUUUGAUCCUAACUCCCUUCCUAACAAGCUCAUCGAUAAGUUCCCGGAAAACGCUUUUGAGACAGCUUUCAACAAGAUGGAAGAUGGAAUGUUCUACAGACACAUUGCCCCAAGAUUUUUGUGGAAGCUUCAAAAGUGGCUCCAAAUUGGACAAGAGAAGAGCUACGGUGAAUGUGGAAAAAUAAUUGACCAAUUCUUGCAUCAAUUUAUAUCAUCCACAUUCCAAGAGCAAAACAAAUUCAACUACACCAAAGAUGAUGAUGAAUCGAACUUUAACAUGCUUAAAGCUCUUGUAAUGGAAAGUGGAAUGGAAACAAUAGAGCCCAAGUUUCUAAGAGACAAUGCACUUAAUCUCUUAGCAGCAGGAAGGGAUGCAAUCAGUGCAAGUCUCAGUUGGUUUUUUUGGCUGGUUUCAACCCACCCUCUUGUUGAAGCCAAGAUCCUUGAAGAAUUUAGAGAAAACCUGAUAACCAAGGAAGAAAAUUGGUUCAUCACUUCAAGGUUAGAAAUUCUUAACAAGCUAGUUUAUCUGCAUGGAGCUUUAUGUGAAGCAUUGAGACUUUUCCCUCCACUUCCUUUUGAACACAAAUCUGCAGUUAAAUCUGAUAUACUUCCUAGUGGGGAUCAUGUUAAUGCAAAUACUAGGAUACUUUACUCUUUGUACUCAAUGGGAAGAAUGGAACAAAUAUGGGGAGAAGAUUGCUUGGAGUUUAAGCCAGAAAGGUGGAUUUCUGACAAGGGAAGCAUCAUACAGGUACCAUCUUACAAGUUCAUAGCUUUCAAUGCAGGCCCAAGAAGUUGUUUGGGUAAAAAUAUAACCUUUAUUCAGAUGAAGAUCGUCGCCAUUGCUUUGCUGUUGAAUUUUCAGUUUGAGGUGGUGGAAGGGCAUAAUGUAUGCCCCUGUCUUUCUGUUAUUCUUCACAUGAAACAUGGCUUGAAGGUCAAGGUUACUAAAAGAGGUAUUAAUUAGAUUUAGGGGCAUCUUCUAUAAUCUAUAUGAUAUGGAUUCCA